UUUUCAUUAUGUUGUUCAUGAACACCCAGAACACUGCACUAUAAUGCACAAAUGGAUACUGACAUGGAUCCUGCCAAUUUUGCUCUACAGAUCAUACUUUUACAUUAUCUUUCUAAUGGGCACUAUAUCUUUAGCUUGCAAUGACAUGACUCCAGAGCAAAUGGCUACAAAUGUGAACUGUUCCAGCCCUGAGCGACAUACCAGAAGCUAUGAUUAUAUGGAAGGGGGGGAUGUAAGAGUGAGAAGACUUUUCUGUCGAACUCAGUGGUAUAUGAGGAUUGAUAAGCGAGGCAAAGUAAAAGGGACAAGAGAAGCAAACAACAACUACAGUAUUCUAGAAAUCCGAACAGUGGCAGUUGGAAUAGUGGCAAUCAAAGGAGUAGAAAGUGAAUACUUUCUUGCAAUGAACAAGUCAGGAAGACUCUAUGGAAAGAAAGUAUGCAAUGAGGACUGCAACUUCAUAGAACUGAUUGAAGAAAACCAUUAUAAUACAUAUGCUUCUGCAAAAUGGACACACAAAGGAAAGGAGAUGUUUGUUACAUUAAACCACAAAGGGGUCCCCAUGAAAGGUAAAAAAACAAAGAAAGAACAUAGAGCAUCCCACUUUCUUCCUCUGGCAAUAUCCUAAUCACAAAUGAUCUAUAAAGAACUAGUUCCAGCAGGAAGAUUAUUUUUAAGAAGACUAUUUGACAAGAUAUCAAGAGAGGCUGGAAUACUACUGAGAAACUGAACAAGCUGGACUUGCGCAUUUAUGUUUAUUUUUAAGAGACUACAUGAAAAAGAUUUGAAAAUAUACACAAAACCAGAUUUACUAACUAAAAGUUGUAAAAAAUUCUAAAGAGUUGUACAAUCAUUAUCUUAGUCAUUGUA